AUGGUCCGCACCUCCGUCCUCCACGAUGCGCUCAACGCCAUCAACAACGCCGAGAAGUCCGGCAAGCGUCAGGUCUUGAUCCGUCCUUCCUCCAAGGUCAUUGUCAAGUUCCUCCAGGUCAUGCAGCGCCACGGUUACAUUGGCGAGUUCGAGGAGGUCGACGACCACCGCUCCGGCAAGAUCGUCGUCCAGCUCAACGGCCGCCUGAACAAGACUGGUGUCAUCUCCCCCCGCUACAACGUCCGCCUCCAGGACCUUGAGAAGUGGGUUGUCAAGCUGCUCCCUGCCCGUCAGUUCGGCUACGUCAUCCUCACCACCUCUGCCGGUAUCAUGGACCACGAGGAGGCCCGCAGAAAGCAUGUCGCCGGCAAGAUCAUUGGCUUUUUCUACUAA